CUCCCCCCACCCCCCCGGAGACAAUGGCCCACACGUCCCCCCGCGACCGACGGCGGACGAACAGAACUCGGAAAGCAGCAGCCACAACCGCGGCAGAGACAACCGGAACUGCACCUCAGCCAACCGGAAGAACCGCGAUGACCACGCGAGCGACGACGACGCCAACGACGCCGACGACGACAGCGACGACGGCGACGGCGAUGGCGACGACGACCUGCCUCCUGCUGGCGCUCCUCCCGCUGGCGUUCCCCGCGCGCGCCGCGGCCACAGCCGUCGACCCCGCUGCCGCCUUCACCACGACCGUCACCGCCGCCGCCGCUGCUGUCGCUGCUGUUGCUGUCUCCUCGUCCGCGUCGCCCUCUUCCUCUUCCUCUUCUUCCUACUCCUCUUCCUCCUCCUGCUCGUCGGCCUCCUCCUCCUCGGACGAGAGAGAUUGCCUCCGAGACCACAACUUCCUCAAAGGUUCGGCCGCGACGCUGGAUCUCGGCUUUGACGUUCCUCCGCCAAUCAAAACCGUGACUGUGGAAGGGUCACGCCUCCUCAUACCCUGUCAGCCAAUCAGAGGCGAGAAAGGCUUGCCCAACGUCACCUGGACCAAUGAGGAGAGCGUAGUGAACGAUCCCCGCCGCCACGUCUUGCCCAAUGGGACGCUUCUUAUCACGGAGGUGAGAGCCAGCGACGCCGGGCAAUACAGGUGUGUGCUACGGCAGGAGACCCGCGCCGUGCUCUCCGCCCCCGUGGGCCUCGUGCUCGCAGACACUGGGUCGUGGCAGAUGCUUCCCCGCAACACGAGCGUGAGGACGAACAGCGCCGUGAGACUGACCUGCCACCUGCCUUCCAUCCCCCCCGCCUCCCUCACGUGGCUGGUGGACGACGAAACGCUUGGAAGGGGCAGUCCGAGGUUCUAUCAGCCACUUCCCGGUGUUCUUCAGAUAGCAAGUGUUCAGGAAAGAGUAUCUGGAGUUUUAUAA